GUCGUUGUUUGGAGCUUACGCGCGACACUUGGAGCCCAGUUGAUGCCAGUGUGUGCUUGUGCUGUGGUGUAUGUUUGUAAUACGCGAUGUGGCCAGUCACCCGCGACGCUCGUGCACUGCCGCGAUUUCUAGCGUUCGGUUCGCGCGCUUCCAACGUCCAGUAGUCGUCGUUGCUUCUAUUUUUGCAGCUAACUUUCUCGACGCCCGUCAAUCAACACGUGUGCCAGGCAUUUUGUUGCUCCAGUACUUGGACAAAAUCACCGAAGCAUUUUUUCCGUCGACGCUGCAAAGUGCGACUCUACUUCAUGAAUUCAAGCCUGUCGAUCGGCCAUCUAUUGAAGCAUCAGCGUCAAUGAGAGGAACACGCAAAGCAAAGUGAAGGCAGCAUCGAACGGCGACUGAUACAAAGUCCGAGAUAAUGUUUGCGCUGUGACUGGAGGUCGCAACCGAGUUUCCGUAGUGCAAGCAUGACAGCGUAAAGCAAGGAAAAGCAGACUGUUGCUGGCGUUGAUCGUCCUGCUAAGUGGCUAACACUCGCUCGUGUGCUCGUUGGUCCAAGUGUAAAUGUGAGCAGCUUGGCUGCAAGUGAUCGUGCGAGGCCUCGAGUGCGCGCGGUGAGUGUCCGGUGCUGGCCUGCAGACUCCGAUGAGUACUUCAUCGCGUAAAGCUUCCUCGGGAGGGAGUCCCUAAAUGUGCCAAAGCAAGCCUCGAAAACGAUGCCGCUGCCGCCACCGCCUCCGAUCAGGCGAACGCGACACGUGUCUGCAGCAGCGCCCCUUCAACCGCCGCAUCAACUGCUGCUGUUGCUACUGCUGCUCGCAAGCACGAGCGACACGGCUAAAUGGGGCUCUGGACCGGCCAUUACCGGCAGUCAUGGGCAACGCGAGGUGGUGUCCUUCAUCGAGCCUGAGUCCAAUGCGGCGUCGACGCUGGUGCGAUCCACCCCCGAGACGAAAAGCACCUCGCUUCCUGAUCGGGAACCACCACCGUUUCUCUUACAAUUCGAUAAAUUUUACCAGCGUCAUUCCGACGGCACAUUCGAGACAUCGUACACGGCGAAAAGUGAUACUGAUCCCGUUACUUGGAGUAUCGCAAAAGCCCUGCGUCGCAUGCGGAGAGAGGAUCAAGGAGCUUGCUACAAAUUCGAAGAAGGCGAACCACUGAAGCAGGAGUUUUACAGUCCCAACUACCCGGAUGUUUACCCAAAAAAUAUGAGUUGCUUCAAAGUUUUAGAAGCUGAUCCAGGGAUGGUGCUCAGAGUCGAAUUUCGAGACAACUUUGAGCUGGAGGAUCAAGAAAAGUGCAUUUACGACUUUUUGGAGGUACGCGACGGAAAGUACGGAUACUCUAGGCUUAUAGGGCGCUUCUGCAGGGCGUUCCCCUUUCCAGAAAUCACCUCGAGUUCGAGGUAUCUCUGGCUUCACUUUCGUAGCGAUAACAGUAUUCAAGGAGCUGGUUUCCGAGCGGUAUGGAGCAUGAUACCAAGGCCCUCUGUAAAAACUCCCGAGUCCGAGGAAUGCGUACUCAACGUAACGAAUCAAAUGGAGUACGAAAUUAAGACGUCGGAAAUCGCGGAUCGAAAGAAAAUCGCCGUUGAACAGGGAACGGAGCUGGAUUGCAUUUGGAACAUAACCGUACCGGAAGGUUGGAAGAUUCAAAUAACAUUCCCUCAAUUUCAUCUGGAUAAACCAAACGAGUGCGACAUCAACUACGUGCAAGUGUACGACAAAGAGCCAUCGAUGAUAAACAAUCCAUCGCUGAUCAAUAAUUUUUGCGGCAGUAUAGCCGAUCUCGUGACGAGCAAAGGAAACGAAGCUUAUCUUCGGUUUUUCGCCACCAAAGCUGCCAUGAACAGCAGUUUUGAGGCUACCAUGACUGCCAUACGCGAAAAAGAAAACAAAGACAAAGCCUGCGCGGACGACGAGUUUGAUUGUCAGGAUGCUUGCAUCGCGGAUACUUUACGCUGCAACGGCCGACCCAAUUGUCGUUACCGUUUUGACGAGGAUGCCGAUGUUUGCAGCACAGAAAAAACUGGUUUCAACGUGAACUCGGAACACGUGAUUAUUAUUCUUGUAGUCUUCUCGAUACUAAUGCUCGGAUUAUGCUGCACGUUUUGCUACAACUGCGUCAGAAAGCUUAUUAAGGAUCAUAAAAUCAUAAAGGAAACGAUCAGGCAGUCGCGAGAGAACCGCUUGGACGAGUUGGGACGCAAGAGUACGCCUUGCUCGAUGGUCGAGCCGUGCAUGGAGGUGCACGGAGGCGAGCGGGCCCGCUCGAGCGAGACGCCGAGCCUCGACGGCCAAGCGGCCAAUUCCAGGGACGGCCAGAGCCGAGCCUCGAUGCCCCGCCAGCCGAGUCUCGGCCACUCGCUCGACCUCAGCGACAUACAUCAGAGCAACAACGUCAGCAAUGCCACGCAGGAACGACGCACCAAGGUCGUAGGAUCGCGCGAGACCCGCGACAUGGAGUGCCAGACGCGCGAGAGCAUCUUCGAGUCCGGCCUCGUUCUCAAGCCCAUCGCCCAUCCCGUCUUCACGACUUUUGGCUUUAACAACUCGGCCGAGCCGCAGCGGUCGUCGAUGGAACGAGGAGGCGAUUCCACGAGUCGCCGCGACAGUCCAGAGCCCCCCCGGGCCUACAAGCUCGCGUCGCGAGAGCCGAGCCCGGUCGCGGCCGUGCCGCCGCCGCCGCCUCCGCCGACGAGCUACCAGUGCCCGGUGUGCAACCCCCCGACGGAGCUCUGCUUCCGACACAGCCUGACGCCGAUCGUGCCCGCCCCCCACGGCUGGUCGGCUCACGAAUCCAACUACAGCUCGGACGAGCUGGCGUCGCUGCAACGAGCCGCCACCGGCGCCGCGAGCGAGUCGCCCGGACCGGCGAGCAACAGCAGUGGCAGCGAGUCCGCCACGGCCGGGCCCCCCUCGAGCGUCUUUGGCCUCGUCCGACAACGGACUCUUGGCUCUGGCGAGCACUACGGCUUCAUCUAUGGCCGCGACGGCUCCACGGCCGAGCGAGGCUCUCUCAGCACCAGCGCCUCCGGAUCUCAUAGGUCUGGCCUGGUCAAGCCCGUCAAGUGUCCCCAGGUGACGGACUCGCAGUUCAAAACCGAGGCCGUCAUCGAGAUUGACCAGCGUCAGCAGCGGCCCUUUAGCAUUGAGAGCACUAAAAGCGCCCCCGAUGUUAUAGCUACUCACUGACGCAGGCCCAUUGGACAGUGGAAUUCUGAUUUUACAGAUUUUCACCAGUCCUACGUACCUUUGAAUACUUGUCACCAUGUGAAAUCCAAAGUAGCAUCCGAGCUGAUAAGACGUUCUAUGGUUUCCUGAUCAAAAGUACUUUCCACGUUAGAAGGAGAUUCCGUGGUUUCAAAUGAAGCUUUUCCACAUGAUAUGUAUAGAAUGACAACAACUGGAAUGCCCUGUCCAAAACAUCCUUCGACUCCUUGUAAAUUACACGAUUAUAAUCGUUGUAAACGUCAUUCUUUUCUGUACCGUACUUGGCCACGAAAAGUGACUAUUGGUGAUUCGAGUAUGCUGACUAGGAAUUUUGGUACCCAGUGUAAUCUUAAUGACUACAGGGCUGUUGAUGGUUCUUCAAAUACUGUUACUUAUGUGAGGCACAAAAAAAAUGAUUAAAAUGCUUAUUUUUAUGUACUAUAUUACAUCAAUGUUACGGUAUAUUCGAAUUUUUCAUUUACAUUAAACAAUUAACAAGACCAAUUUUAAUAAAUUUUUGAUACCGAUUUCAUAGAAAAUUUUGGCCGCAAUAAAAAAUGGAUUACUUUUUGUUCGUUAAACAACAUUAAGAAUUAUUUAUUGAUAUUUUUAAAUUGAUCUAUAGAUUGUACAUAGUUGACUAUCAUAUUAUAAAUAAAUUUUCAUACCAUUGCAGCCGUCAAACUGUUAUACUACGAAAAUAUCAAAAUUAUAUGUGAAUUAAAUUCAUUUCUCAUUUCCAUUAUUGUGUACGAAUGAUGCUUCGAGAAAUCCAAAAAAAUUAAAUUUGAUAAAAUUGAAUAUUUUAUAGAUUUAUAAUUUUUAUGAAACAGUAAAAAUAUUUAUUAUUGUUAUAUAUUAAAGUUGAAUAUAAACCGUGAAGAUUUUAUGUGUAUCAUACUAAAAACUAUUGAAUAAGAUAAAUUGAAAACAAAUUAAAUAAUAAUGUAAGAUUUUAUUAAUUAAAACAUCUUGUAAAUAUUUUUGGUAAAGCAAUAGCCAUUUGUUAAAUGUAUAAAAAUAAAUUGAAAUUCAUAACAAUGUGAAAGUAUCAUGUUGA